UGAACGUGAGUAGAGUCUUUGAAGGUUUUCCUGUCGUCGGUUUGCAGAAAACUAGCAGAUGCACAGUUCACUUGGGCGUACCUGUGGUUGGACUAAUACGAGCAGUGUUGUCAUCUGUAGGCGUUUAGAGUCCGUGAAAUAAUGCAGACCCUCACUGUUACAAGGUCAUUCUUUUCCCAGUACCCUAAAACUAUUGCUGUGGUCACACUAACAGGAAUGGGACUUUUUGGUUUGAAGACAUGGUUUGCAGGUGGUGUGUGUCGCAGCAAAGCCCGGUUAGAUGGAAAGACAGUACUGAUCACCGGCGCCAACACAGGGAUUGGCAAAGAAACCGCUGUUGACCUGGCUAAAAGAGGGGCAAGGGUAAUUCUGGCCUGCCGAGACAUGGACAGAGCUAACGAAGCUGCAAAAGAUGUGAGGAAGAGGAGCGGAAAUUACAAUGUAAUUGUCAAAAAGUUGGACCUGGCUUCUCUGGAGUCGGUGCGCCAACUUGCCAAAGAUGUCCUAGCAAGUGAAGAGCGGCUGGAUGUUCUCAUCAAUAAUGCAGGUAUAAUGAGCUGCCCACAGUGGAAAACUGAGGACGGCUUUGAGAUGCAGUUUGGUGUAAACCACCUGGGCCACUUCCUUUUAACAAACUGUCUGUUGGAUCUGUUGGAGAAGUCAGCACCGAGCCGGAUUGUCAAUGUCUCCAGUUUAGCACAUGAAAGAGGUCAGAUCUAUUAUGAUGAUAUUAAUCAGGAGAACGAUUACCACCCCUGGAAAAGCUACGGUCAAAGCAAACUAGCCAAUGUCCUCUUUACAAGGGAGCUGGCCAAUAGGCUGCAAGGAACUGGAGUUACUACAUACAGCCUCCACCCUGGAAUAAUCCGGACUGAGCUUGCCCGACACUUCUGGCCAGCUAUUCCCCUGUGGAAGAGAGUUAUGUACACACCAAUCGUUUUCCUCAUCAAGUCUCCAACAGCGGGGGCACAGACCACCAUCUACUGUGCUGUGGAUGAAAGCCUGCAGAAUGAGAGUGGACUCUACUACAGUGACUGCGCCCGAAAAGCUGUCGCCCCUCAGGCACAGGAUGAUGAAGACGCCAAAAAGCUGUGGGAUCUGAGUGCCUCUAUGGUCGGUCUGACACAAUGAUAUUGAUGAUGAUGAUGACGAUUGCCGUCAUCACAGUACCAAAGCAUCGCCAAGCAGCCCGAGGAUGUACAGGUGCUCCUUCCAGUGAGCAUCUGUGUGCCUGUUAGCGGUUGAACACCAACCGAUUGAGACAAAUGAGUUAACAAGCAAAACCCAGGAACUAAUAGACAUUUAUUUAUAAUGUACAGCAAAUUACUUGGAAAAAUAUUAUGGAUUAAAUUAAAUUUAAUUAAAUUAAUUUUAUUUUAGACAGAAGGACUGCUUCACAGAUAAGUUACGUGGAAGCUGUACGAUUUUCAGAUUAGAAAUGACUAAUUGACUUGUUUCACCAAUGUCUGCAUUGACUGAGGGCUUACAUGGUAUUAGGUCUUACUUGGAAUAAACAGAUAAGAAUUACUGGUGCUUGAAAUGUGCUUUUUAACAUGGUUAGUAGUGACAUUUUAUUUAUUUUUUAACCCUCUUUUAAAGUGCUAUUAAACAUAGCCCACUGUUUUACCUGUUAUUAAGACUUAAUGUCGAUUCACAUCAUGUGUCUUCAUCAUGAAUCUUUAUUUUAUGUCAGACCAGCAACAUUAAAAUGAAACAUAUGCUGAUUACAUCAACAUCAAUCAAAAUGGCAUUGAUACAACAAAUGUAUAUAUU